AUGGAACACCACGACGCCGUCGCCAGCCCGACAGUAGCUGUGUUAGACGUGAAGCUUCCUCCCUUUUGGACCAGCGACCCGGCACUUUGGUUCGCCCAAGUGGAAUCGCAGUUCGCCGCCCGCCGCAUCACCGCCGACCACACCAAGUACCACCACGUGGUCGCCAACAUCCCACCUGCCACAGCGAGCGAGGUGCGCGACAUUCUGCUUGCCCCACCAGCCGAAGAUGCCUAUCGAGUGCUCAAAGAGACGCUGAUUCGCCGUCUAACCCCUUUGGAGCCGGAGCGCCUGCAGCAGCUGCUACGCGAGACCGAACUGGGCGACCGCCGACCCAGCCAACUGUUGCGCCACAUGCAGCAACUAGCGGGCUGCACAGCAGGUCUCGACAGUCGCCUGGUGCAGGAGCUUUUCCUUCAAAGACUGCCCGCAACCGUGCGGAUAGGCGUCACGGCUUCCGGAGAGACGGACGUUUCCAAGAUCGCCGAAAUGGCUGACCGACUCAUGGCCGUCGCCACGCCAGCAGUUGCCACGGUGCUCGCCGAAGCCUCGCCCUCUCCCGCCUUGUUGGAGAUUCGUGCGGAAAUUUCUCGCCUCGCCGACACCGUCGCGGCGCUGCAGUCAAGCGGAAGUCAAAGCACACGGCCUCUGACACGGCGGAGUGCUACACAACAACAGCGGCAGCUGUGCUGGUACCACCGUAAGUUCGGUGAUACUGCACGGAAAUGCGUGCCGCCGUGCGAGAAAUCGGGAAACGCGCCGAGCCAGCACUGA